CGGCGGCGCGCAUAGUUGGAGCACGCGGUACGAGCGAGCGAGCGAGCGCGCGUCUGUCUUUAACCGAAAAAGGAAAAACGAUUGUGCUCGAUUGAACUACCACGAACGCCGCAGCGACGGAUGUUGCUUUGUAAAUUAUGUAAAAUAAACAUAUGUGAACACGUAGCCGUUACAUUCACCGGCGGCGCAAAGGUGUGCUGAUAAUCUCGCGGUAAGGCAGAGCAAUAUGUUUUUUAACAGAUGAUGUGUCCAGGCGGAUUUGCAGGAUUUAACGACGCCGCUCAAACAACAGAACCAAACGCACGUCCAAGAAAAGGAGUAAACACCGGCAACCUUACACGGCAAAUUACGCUUAGAUGCUGACGAACUGUUGAGUCUAUGGCAUAAAUUGGAGAAAGCGAGACCUUUCGACAAGCUGCUUCUGUUUAAAUAACGACAGGGGAUGCAGCACACCGGAUACACCUGAAAAUCCCCCCCCUCGCUGAAGGCCAUUCACCUGUGAAUCAGUCAUUUCUGAGCCAGCCACAAUAAACUCUAUGUAGGAUAGGAAAUGGAGAUAAGGAAAGCACACAGCAAAAACUGAAUUAACCUGCCCAGAUAUACUAACCAAACAAGCACCCUGUGAUACUCCUGUGAACUCGAGAGAACGCAGAAGAUAAAAGCCGCAGAAAAAAAGAGAGUAAUUCUUGUCGCUGACAGCUGGCAACACUGGAAGGACGGCUGAGGAACUUUAUAAGAGGGUAAGAGGGUGAUCACAGAGUGAGAGAGACGGGGACUGACAGAGAGCCAGAGUGCAGGAGGGGGCGGCGGCGGCGGAGGAGUGGGAAAGGUCAAUCGCCAUGGCGACGGACCCGGGAGAGCCCACUGCCACGGAGGAGUCCUCUGGAGAGAAACCUGAUGGAGAGAGGGAGGAGGAGAGUGACCAGGGGAACAGGGCCGCCCGUGAGAGAGAGAGGAUGCACAGCACUGCGUCUGACUUCCCCUCCUCCCAGACCCAGGAAGGGAGAGCUUGGGGAGCAGGAGGAGGAGGUGGCGGAGUGGAGGACGGUAAAGAAACAGAGGUGCUGGCCAGACCUCUGACCUUCUUCAUGCCCUCCUCCCCAGCAGCCCACGAACCCUGUCGGAAACGGGAGAACAAGCGUUUUUUCCGGAAGAGCGUGGAGAUAUGCGAGGAGGACGAUGAGGUGGAAGACACCACCGGCGCCCCUCACAGCGCCCCUCACCUCGAGUUUUGUGCCUCCGACUCUGUUUUCACCAGCGGAGCCCAGCAGUUACCCACUAGUGCCUCGGCUGCCUUGGGUGAGGAUGGCACUCACGGCACGCAGGAUCCUGAUAAGUCCGGCCUUACGGAAGCCGCUCUGAAGGGGAAGGAGAGAGAUAAAGAACAGGAAGAGGAGGCCGAGAUGAAGGCCGUCGCCACUUCACCCGGUGGCCGCUUUUUAAAAUUUGACAUCGAGCUUGGAAGAGGAGCAUUCAAAACUGUUUACAAAGGCCUGGACACGGAAACCUGGGUAGAAGUUGCCUGGUGUGAACUGCAGGAUCGAAAGCUGACCAAAGCAGAGCAGCAGCGGUUUAAAGAGGAGGCUGAAAUGCUGAAAGGUCUACAGCAUCCCAACAUUGUGCGUUUCUAUGACUCCUGGGAGUCUGUUCUUAGAGGCAAGAAGUGCAUCGUCCUAGUGACUGAGCUCAUGACCUCAGGAACGCUCAAAACGUACCUUAAGCGCUUUAAAGUGAUGAAGCCCAAGGUUCUCCGCAGCUGGUGCAGGCAAAUCCUAAAGGGUCUUCAGUUCCUACACACCCGUACGCCACCCAUAGUGCACCGUGACCUCAAGUGUGACAAUAUCUUCAUCACAGGCCCAACCGGAUCCGUAAAGAUCGGUGACCUGGGCCUCGCCACUCUCAUGCGGACAUCGUUUGCCAAGAGUGUCAUAGGUACUCCAGAGUUCAUGGCCCCCGAGAUGUACGAGGAGCACUAUGACGAGUCAGUGGAUGUCUAUGCCUUUGGCAUGUGCAUGCUAGAAAUGGCUACCUCAGAGUACCCAUAUUCCGAAUGCCAAAAUGCUGCACAGAUCUACCGCAAAGUCACUAGUGGUAUCAAGCCUGCCAGCUUUGACAAAGUAAAUGAUCCUGAGGUAAAAGAAAUCAUUGAGGGCUGUAUUCGCCAAAACCGAUUAGAGCGGCUCUCAGUGAAGGAUCUUCUAAAUCAUGCCUUCUUUGCGGAGGACACCGGCGUGCGUGUGGAGCUUGCUGAGGAAGAUACAGGCGGCAAAGACUGCCUGGCCCUGCGCAUCUGGGUUGAAGAGCCAAAGAAACUCAAAGGCAAGCACAAGGACAACGAGGCCAUCGAGUUCAGCUAUGACUUGGAGAAUGAUAGUGCUGAAGAAGUUGCACUAGAAAUGGUGAAGUCCGGCUUUUUCCAUGAAAGUGAUGCUAAGGUGGUGGGGAAGUCCAUCAGAGACAGAGUGACUCUAAUUAAGAAGUCCCGAGAACGGCGGCAACAGCAGCUCCUCCAGCAGCAGCAGCAACAAAGUUUGGAUGAGCGCCGUGACUCCACGGUCCUAACUUCCUCCUUUUCUUAUGUCCAGCCUUCCGCCACCACCUCCUCACAGGGCACAGGAGCCGCUGCAGCUGCUGGGGGUCACGGAGAGGCAGAGGAGCUGCCGGAAGUGGACCAACAUGUCCAACAGCAAGGUACUGCUUUGGGGCUUACAGAGAGUGAGAGUCUUUCUGCUGUCACUGGACAAAGCCAAGCUUUUUCCGUACCCGAGACGGGGAACCAAUGUGCUCAUGCUCAAACCAGCUACCCCACUGGCACAUCUGGAGUGAAAGGAGCAGGGGUUAUGUCUCACCCCCAGCUGCUCCCUAUUGGUCAGAGCGGAGGGGUUCCAAAUGUGCCUGUUGGCCAGAAUGGUGGGAUAUCUGGCAUUUCCAUUGGCCAAAGUGGUGGUGGGGCUCCUAACAUUCCUGUGGCACAGACUUUCAUUCAACCAGUCACUAUGGCAUCACAGGUCCCAUUAAGUGUGCCUCAACAAUAUUCUCAGCCCCUUCCACCAUACUCAACAGAUAUUACAUCCUCACAAAUGUUACACUCCCGCCCCGCUGACGCCCCCACUCCCCACAGUUCUCUUGUACAGUCACAGACAUACAUCCCCCCAAUAUCACCCCAGGCACCCAUGACUGCCCUUGCUUCCUCCAUCCCGACUGGAGAACCCAUAGCAUCAGCAGGCAACAUCAUGCCACCUAUGCAGACCCAAACUACUAUUGCUCCUGUACAACCCACUGAUGUUUUGCCCCAGCAAACUAUCGUUCAGACGCAACAGCAGGUGAUGUCAGAAUUGCCUGGGACAUUGCAACUGAACAUCCAGCAACCAACACCGCAAAAGCAGGCAAAUAUAAUGCAGCAGCACCCGACGGUGUUGUUGCCACAGCAGACUGACCAUGUUCAACAAAUGGCGGUUUUGUUACAACAGCCACAGCAUAUAGACCAAACCCAGGUCGUUCUGCAGGAACAGCCGCCACAUUCCAGUUCAUCUCAGCAGCCAUAUAUCCCAUUGCCACAGCAGAAACAGCAAAGUGAUCUACAACAGCAGGUGUACAUACAACAACCUGCAAGCCAACCCCAACAGCAAGUUGUGAUUCAGCAGCAUCAGGCACCAGUACAACAACCCCCAGUGGAACAAUAUCAACAGCAGGCACAGCAAGUUUAUUUGCAACAAAUGGCGGAAUCACAGGAGCAGAACAUGGUAAAGUCCAUAGUACAACAGCCACCGGUACUUCAAACAAUCCAGCAGCCAUUGCAAUUGACGGAGCAACAACAACAGCAACUUUUAAUUAGGCAACAAAUGGAGCAGCAACAGAAGGCUGUUCUGCAAAAUCAAUUGGAAAAGCAACAUCAACAGCAAGUUUAUAUUCAGCCACCACAAGUUGAGCAGCAACAGAUUCUUCUGCAGCAACAACAAAACUUGACGGUGCAGCAACAGAUUGAGCAACAAAAGCAAAUAGAACAGCAGCAAAAGGCCAUUUUACAGCAACAGGUAGAACAACAAAGACAACAGCAGCAGGCUUUGUUUCAGCAACAGCAACUGGAGCAACAACAAGCAUUACUGCAGCAGCAGCAGCGUGAACAGCAACAGGCUCUUCUGCAGCAGCAACAAUUGGAACAGCAAGCUUUGCUUCAACAACAGCAGCAGCUCCAGUUAAAGCAGCAGCAAGCUCUUUUACAUCAGAAACAGUUAGAGCAGCAGCAGCAGGCUUUGUUUAAGCAGCAGCAGCAACAACAGUUGGAGCAGCAGCAAGCUCUUUUACAACAGCAGCAGCAACAAGCACUCAUUCAGCAGCAGCAACAGUUAGAGCAUAAAGUGCUGCUACAGCUGCAACAGCAGCAACAACACAUAGAGCAUCAACAAACUUUAUUACGCCAGCAGCAGCAGCAGUCUCAGCAGAUAGAGCAACAUGCUCUGCAACAACAGAAGCCGGCAGAUCAACAAUUGCAGCAGCAGAUCUUUAAACAACAGGCCGAGCAGCAACAACAGACAUUGCUCCAACAAAGAGAGUCACAGAUGCAGCAGCAUCUUCUGAUGCAACAACACCAGAUUGAAUUACAGCGACAACAAGCCGAAAAGCAACUGCAACAAGUUUUAUUGCAGCAACAUGCUGCUCUACCAGAUCAUAGCGUGCAACCGCAAGCAACCUUAGUGAAAGCACAGCCUCCGGAGACGAUCCAGCAGAUUAGUCAAAUGCACUCUCAACAAAUGAUUGCAACAAAUCUUGCUCAACAACAAACUGAACAGCAGCAUGUCUUGAUUCAGCAGCAGCAAGCUGUCCUUCCCCAGGCAUCACACAGACCAUCUCUGGUAGAGUUGCAAGUUCCGACCCUAGUUCAAGCAGUACCAAAAAUGGUUAGCGCUCAAGUACCAGCCCCAGUACUCAUCCAGCAACAAGUACCACCGCAGAUGUCAGCUCAACCUCCAGCGCAAGUGCAAAUCCAGAGUCAAGGGGAUGCUGCGAUUUAUACUCAGAUUCCCUUGCAGACUGCACCGCAGUCAAUGGGAGGCCAUAUUCAAGCAGCCCAGCUGCAAGUUCCUCAACCAACCCAACAAAUCACAUCUCCAACACAAGUUCCUACACCACAACCCAUUCAUUCUUUUGUCCAGACUCCAGCGCAAAUUGUCUCACAAGGGCAAACCCUUCCAACUCAAACUCAGUUGGUACCACCUCAAGCUGCAGCUUCUCUCCAACGUCAAGUUCCGUUAGGGUCAACUACUCCUGCGCCUCUUGUUCAUGCUACAGUGCCGCCUGCUUCUACACUCCUGCCCACACAGUAUGCUCAAGCACCUGUCGCUUCGCAAACCAUCCAGUCUGUUCAGCUGGACCUCACGCAGUCUGUGAAACAACAACAGCCGGCUCUGCAGCAAUAUCAGCAAGCAGUACUGUCUCCAGUGUCACUUGCACCUACCAUCAACCCAAUGGCCACUUCAUCAACACAGUGCUUUUUACAACAGACAAGCCAAACUCAAAUGCAGGCCCAGGCUCCGCCAGUUAUCCAAGCUCAGCAGCAACCAGUCAGCGUGGCCUCAAUGCAGACGGUCUUGCAGCCCAUGGCUCCAAUGCAACCUCAGGCUACCCAACAGUAUGAACAGCAGCUGCCUCAAGCCCACCACGUGCAGCAGCUUCUACCGCCAAAUGCUGUCCUACCACAAGAUCUCCACCAACAACCUAGUCAGCCUCAACCAGUACUCCAGCAUAUGCUCCCGAUGCACAUUGCACCCAGUCAGGUACCUCAGACCCAAGCUAUAACGGUACCUCUGUAUAGUCAGGUGGUCUCGGGUCCACCAGCCUCCCCACAGAACCAGCCGAAGCCAACCCAUCCUAGUGUGCAAUCACAAGCACAGGCACAGACCCACAUAGAGGCUACUGGGAGUUUUGAGCAGCCUUCUUACUCCCAAGCUGCCUUUAUGCCAUCACAGAUCCCCCCAAGUCCAUCUCAUACUUCCUUACAGCCUUCUGCCACACUCCCAGCCCUACAACCGGCUGUCCCAGUUUCAGAAAUUCCUGUCACAGUAGAUGCGCAGAUAACCCAGGCAAGGCCUGCUGACAUGAUCCCUGCUUCCCCUCCUACUGUCAAUGCUUCACAGUCCCAUGACUCUAAUGGAUCUGUGUUGCCCACCACCUCACUGGCAGAAAGUGACGCAGCAUUGCUGGGUAUUGCUCAGGAGAGCUUAAAUCAGUCUGCCAAUAGAGGCUCUUCAUCAGGCUCUGCUCCUGUCAAUGGAGAUGAGGCCCAAGUGCUGUGGGCCAGUGCUAAAUUAGAAAAGGUAAAAUCUCAGAGGAGAUCAUCCUGUCAAAAGGCUGAAAAAACUCAUUUUCAACUCAGCAUGUUGCAGGUCUCAGGCACAGGGGACAACAUGGUAGAGUGUCAGCUGGAAACUCACAGCAACAAGAUGGUCACAUUCAAGUUUGACAUUGAGGGAGAUGCGCCUGAGGACAUUGCAGAUUAUAUGGUGGAGGAGGAUUUUGUCCUUGAGCCUGAGAAAGAGAAAUUUGUUGAGGAGCUGAGAGCUAUAGUGGAGAAAGCUCAAGGAAUACUAAGCACUCAAUCACAGACUGGCUCCUUGGAGCAACUCCAUGUGAGCACCCCAUCCAGUGCAACAAUGGAUUCAGCCCCUCAGUCUUCCCCAGUGGGUCGCUGGAGAUUCUUCAUUAACCAAACCAUUCGUCAUCGUGACUCACACUCCAACCAGGGAGCUUCCACUCCCCCUCCAGUGGGAGAGGCCCGUGUUCCCAAGUCCACAGAAACAGAGAAAGAUCACGAGAGCCCUCAGCGCUCAGAGUCUUUUGCUGGGAUAGCAUCUUCCCCAAGUUCUUCACUGUCUGCAUCCUCUCCUCCAGUAUCUACUGUAUCAGCUCCCGCAUCCAUGUCAGCUUCGACUAUUGCUGCCCAAAAAGAUGUAACACCCAUUGCCUUGCCAAGAGUAGAGCCUGCUACUCUGACUGCAGGGCCAAUUCCAGUCACAGCCUUUACCACCUCUGCUGCUCCUUUCCCUGCAGUCGCAGCCCUCAUUGGCUCCAGCACGGACCAAAGAGAUGCUACAGUUAAUGGUGAGGGUGAACAGCCCCUCUCUACCUUACCUACUUAUGGGACACCUCCAGCGUCACUGGUGACCCACGCUGAUCCUUCACAACAAUUACUACCGCAAACCCAACUGCAGACUCCGGAUGUAUUUCAACAAACCCAGACACUACAGUCAGCAAUGCCCACCACCGAACAAGCUCAGAAACAACAGAUUACACCUCAGCCAGUGCGGCAGGUUGCUCCUCAGCUGCCUAAACUCCAGCCUAGUGAGUCAAAAACACUACCACAGCCAGUGCCAAUGGAGACGGUACCUUCACAGGGAGGUCUUCCAGCUGCCCAAGUUCAGCAGGUUCCUCACCAACAAGUACCAGUUGAAACUCAACAGCCGGCAGUGCAACAGACUGCUUUCUUGCAGCAACACGGCCUUCAAACAGCCCCUGCUGAGCAUAUCCAACAGCACAAGGCGUCUCAAGAAACUACAACGAUACUCUCCAUGCAUCCACAGCAUGGCCUCCAGACCCAGGAUCCUCAACAGGUUCGAGCUCCAUUUCAGCCGGUGAUCCCACAGCAGGUUCCCGCUGAGCAAACCCAGACGUUACUUCAACAGGUACCGCAUGAUAUGGCACAAACCACAAUGCCUGUGCAAAAGCAGGCGUCUAUCCAGCAGUCGGAGUCUGAGCUGUCCACUGGUGAAGACACUGUCAGCCACUCCGCCCCACCCCAUCCCUCUUCGGACACCUCACUCCCACCCCUGCCGCUCUCUGAAACAGCUCUGCCUGCCCUCUCCCACACGUUCACACCCUCUCCAGCCCAACCUUCCUCAGUAGCAGAGUCAGACAGCGAAGGCCCACCCAAAAUCGAGUUUGUGGACAACCGUAUCAAGACUUUGGAUGAGAAGCUGAGGACUCUUCUGUAUCAAGAGCAUAGCGCUGGCGGGACAGUACUGGGAAGUGGGUCCACCGGCGGUACUGUGCCUGCUCCCAGCUCCACUUCUGGAUCUGCUGUGGCCUCCACCGCAGUUGAUGAGUCUUCAGAGCCCCCCAACACAUUCUCCGCUCCUCCUACAACCUCCUCAGACACCUCCCCUCACUCCAGCUCUUCCACCACCUCCUCCACCACCCCUCGCUCUUCCUCUACCUCUCCGGAUGGAGAGCGGGAGAGAGCAGGGGAGGAGGAGACGAUCCCGUCUGCUGUUCAACACCAGCCUGCCUCAUCCUUCUCCUCUACAUCCCCUCCAUGCUCUCUCAUUUCCCCUCCACAGGAGCCUGGGUCCCCGAAAGUACAGAGUGAACCAUCUCUAAGUGCUCCCCCUUCCCUCACUGAAAGCUCCACCCCUGGAGAUGUUCUGUUGCCUUCCUCUUCUCAGCCGCCUGUCCCCCUGUGGCCUGGACAACAGCAGCAGCACAAUGAAGGAGGUGGAUAUUUUGGCCUAAACCUGACAUGUCCUAGUAUCAGAAAUCCUGUUAGCAAGAAAUCCUGGACUCGCAAAUUCAAAAGCUGGGCGUGCAAACUGCGCCACUCCGCCAGCUUGUUCAAGAAGCCCAGAGUCCAGCAAGAUGGCAACUUGAGCCAAGGGAUGAAGGAGGAAAGAGAGGUAUCUACAAAUGACCAACCCUGCUCACGCAGAGGCCGUUUCCAGGUGAUUCCAGUGUCCCAAUCCGCUGAGCCUCUUCCAACACAGGAGGCUCCACCAACCCAAGGGGUCACGCAAAGAAAAGUUGGCCGUUUCUCUGUCACCCAGGCCGAACAAAGAGAGGAACAUUUGACUGACAGCUCUCCCGUGUCACCUGACCUUGAGCGAGAGAGGAGGAAAUCUAAAGGAAAAGAUGGCGAGAGAGAUGAGAAGAGAACUACAGCGCCCAGCCACCCACCCAGGAGUCAUGCACACUCGCCCCUGGGCAGCAGCGAUGAUGAGAGCGAGGUGGAGGAUGAAGAUUUGAGGAGAGAACUCCACAAGCUAAGAGAGAAACACAUCAAAGAGGUGGUAUCCCUGCAAGCACAGCAGAACAGAGAGCUGCAGGAUUUGUACAGGCAGCUCCGCUCUCUUAAAGACCACAGACAACCUAUGUCCAUGACGCUGCCCCGGACCUCUCCUCUGCCCACGGCACCCCUCGCCAUAUCCCCACGCAGACCCCGACCCGCCAAAACCAAGCUUCGGCCCCGACCCCACUCUCACAUGGAUAACAACGGAGUCACACAUCAAGGGAGUCUUCAGCAGUCUAGCAGUUAUUCUGGUGGGGAGCAAAGCAGGCUCCACUCAUACUGCAAGCCGGAGAAAAGCCAAUCACUGACCACUAAUAGAGACCAGAGUCCUUCAGCCCAGGGUUCUGCCAAUAGAAAGAGCACAUUUACAGAUGAGCUGCAUAAGCUUGUUGAUGAGUGGUCAAAGGAAGCUGUUUGCCCUGUUCAGCCCAAGCCUUCUUUGAAUCAAAUCAAACAGAUCCAACAAGUUCAGGAGUUGGGUGGAUGGGGCCAGACUACAGAGACAACAGCUUCAUCGGGUUGGUUUUCCGGAGCCCCUUUGACUGCUCCAGUCUCAGUCAGCAUGUCGACAGUGGCGCCCGCCCCCUAUAGCACCAUCGGCGGACAAACUCAACCGCCCCCCACGCAAUUUCCCAUCGCUCCUCUAUCCCAGCAGAGCACGCAUCUGCAGCCGGCCCUGCACCGCCAGCCCCUGCAGUACAGCCCGACUCCCCUGCACCCGCCGCAGGUCCAGCUCCCAGCGUCCGGCGCACCUUCCCUCAUAACCACAGCGGGGCCUCCUCUAGCCCCCGCCACCAGCAUCACAGCUGCCUCCUCUCCCGCCACGGCCGCCAAUCAAGACGCCGUCUUCUGCUCGUGCUCCUCCUCGUCGUGCUCCUCUUCCUCCUGCUCCACCUCCGCUCUGCCUCCCAGUGCCAAACUUCACCCCAAAACCUCCACGUCCACACUUCCUUUAGGACAGCAGUGAGAAGACGGAUACAUCUUGUACAGGAAGGACACUAGUAGCAAGCGGUUGGGGUGUAUAAAUACUGUAGUGUGUGUAUUCGUGUGGGCGUGCGUUUGUGUUGCAUUUUUCAAUACAUAUCCUCUGUGUGUUUCCGCACCGUCAAGUUUUCUAUCCGACUUGAACUCGCCCUAUAUAGAGACAUUUUUGACAUGAGAAGGUUUGACAUGAUCCUCUUUGUUUUUAUUUAUCAGUGCUUCGGACGAAAGGACUAUUUGAAUUUUAAAAAGUGCAAUUAGUAACUGAUAUUUAAAUUCAUCUUUUCUGUGUUGUUGUGACGUGGAUCUGUAUAGCUUAAAAGAAAUAUUUUUUAUAUAUAUACGCACAGAAACAACAACCAGACGUCAGCAGUGAAGCGCCAUCUUUAUAGAGCACAACAGAUUCAGCUGGCGGCCGGAUCGAUCGCAUGUUCCAGCGCAGAGCAUGGUAACCUUGCAACCAUCAUCGUAGCUACGAAAAACAAUCGUUGUGCACGGAUAAGGCAUGCUCCUCAUGUAUUAUAUUUUACGACGAUAAAUAGCGGUAACGUUUUAGAUUUAGCCAAGAUUUUUUCUAGAGUAACACAAAUAGCCAUUGACUAAUUCCUUUUAAGAUCCUGCAAUUGAUUCUAAAAAGAAGAAAAAAAGAAAGAAAACACAUUGGUUUCAAAUGAAACUAGCUAAUAUGAUUGCAGUAUUUUCCUCUCUGUUUUAGCGGACGUUCAUACUUUUAAGGUUUACACUAUUAACAUUAAUCCCAUGGUGAAGUGUGCAAGACUAGACGGCUGUUUGGAAAGCUCAAGUGAAGUGAAUGCAGCUUGUUCUCGUUCUUGUGUGUUUUUUGCACAGUCCCGUAUGAACGUGCUUCCGUGCACACCGAACUGUGAUCUGUGAACUGUGAGUUUGCUUUUAGUGAAUGCAGCGCAUCAGCAAAAAGACGUAUUCCUCAUCAGAUACUACUCUGGUGGAACUUUACAUAUGUAUACAUAAACACAACUGCCAAGCAAGUUCAUGAUUGGGAGAAAAUCCAGAAACAGUUUGCCUUUCUAGUGUAUUUUUCCUGAUCGUAAAGCGCCACCAAGAUAUCAGAGCCCAGCCUUUAAGUCUGUUGUACAGCCCAUAUACAGAAUGUUCUUUAAUGUUUUGUUGGAAAAGGUAAGAGGGGUUGGUGUAAUAGGUGAGAGAUACACAGGGUGGAAUGUAUUGUGUUAAAGUGCACAGGGAAUGAGGAACUGGUUUGUGUUGUGAAGUUUUUUUUUUUAAACUUGUGGAUGUUACAAAAACAGGUCAACGUGGCCGCUGCCUUCGGAGGGUUGUGAUAAUUCAGUUUCCAGUAUUUUAUGUCAUUUUUCUAAAGACAAGACCCGCCUCUUCACAGUAAAACCAACAGUACCGUAGCGGUGAGUAAAAAGGCUGUUGUGUCUAAAAACUCCAAACAUUAUCCAUUUGAGCUGUACAAAUGGAAAUGUAAAGAUAACCCUCUGCUGAAGUGUUACCAAAAUGUAAUCUAAAAAGAAAGCAUUAUUUUUGUAUUUUGAAAGGGGUUGUAAAAAUGUAAAAUUGUGUACUGAUCAGUGUUGAGAAAGCUGUGGGUAUCUGACAAGACACAGGUCCUAAAACGGUUUCUUGAGUUCCCCUGGCUUUACCCCAGACGAUUACAACGUGAUUUAGAAUUUAGAUUUUUAGAGGGGUUUUAAUUCAUUGUGUGUGAACGGGAACAUUAGAGGCCGGAUUGUUUCUAAAGUGGAGGUGUAGUAAAACCAGGGGGACUGACCACCAAUAAUUAAAGGUUAUUUAAGUGAAAAUAAUCUAUAGAGGACUAAACUUAUUGCUGGUGAUUUAGCUACUGUAAAUUGUAACUAAUUCAACUGUUGAUUCUAUUUAUGUUUUGUAACUAAUCAAAAAUAAACAUCAAAUGUUAAACAUCAAAG